GGGUCGGCGCCUUGUUUAGCCUCCUGGGGAGGAGCAGGAGUCUCCUGGCUCCGGCCGACGGCGGUUCCCGUCCCCAGAAGCGCGCAGGGCCGGUGUGCGACAACCAGUUUCUCUUCAGUCAGGGUUCUCCCCGACGCCCGGCGGACGAAGGGCUGGGCCAUCAGGACCCAGUGACCGUGGCUUGCUUGAUGGUCAUUGUCCUCCAGAACAGUGAUGGAGGAGAUACCAGCCCAGGAAGCAGCAGAAUCUCCAGUGGUCCAGUUUCAGUCCUUGGAGACCCACUCUGAGGGUCUGUCCCCAGAGCCUCAGUUCGUGCAGGAUACCGACAUGGAACAGGGACUCACUGGGGCUCCACCUGUUCCCCAGGUGUCUUCUCUUCCCCACGAGGGAAGCCCAGGAGACCAGGCAGCUGCGCUCCUGACAGCCAGGUACCAGGAAUUUGUGACAUUCGAGGAUGUGGCUGUGCACCUUACUCGAGAGGAAUGGGGAUGCCUGGACCCUGUUCAGAGGGCUCUCUACAGAGAAGUGAUGUUAGAGAAUUAUGGGAACCUGGUCUCACUGGGCAUACUUCUCCGCCUUCCCACCACCCGGAUUCAUAGUGUGAAUUCCUGCCCGGCCCUGAGUCAUACCCAGGCAAGUGCUUUCUCUGGAGAAACACUUGCCAUCCUUUCAGCAGGAAUCUCCAGGAGAUGGCCCAGGUGUCGGCAUCCCAUCGAUAGUGCUCGUCCCCGCUCGGAAACUCCUUUUCCACGAUUGUGAGAUCUUACACUUGAUUGAUGGAGUAGAUGUUUCCCAGGAGGCUACCACUGUGUAAAAUUGCAGCUCCUCAAAUGACCUUUGAUAAAUUUCCAAGGGCCAAGGAUGCCCUCCAUUGCAACCAGAAUUUUGAACCUUGAAUUUUGAGUUCAUUCAGAAGCCAUGGUUGGUGGUCAUCGACUUGUGUUCUCAGAAACCACAGAGUUCGACUCCAGCUCUUCAGUUAUGACCUUUCCAUGUUAUUUUAGACUGUGAAACACAUGUUGUGUGCCCCUCCUUUUCCAUAGUGAACACAAACUGCCCCAUCUGUUGCCUGAAUCUCCUGAGACCCCUGGGCCUUCCUCAUGUUUAACAUUCUAGUCUUUUCCUUCCUUUAAAUCCCUGUGACCCCCUCCAGGGUCCUGUCUUUGUCUCCUUUAUUCUUUACAGUGUUGUAUAGAUUGAUGCAUUUAUAUAAUCUUCCCGGAUCAAGUGUUCCUUAAAGACUUUUUUGAUGGAGGGGAAAUGGGAGGGCAGAAGAAUUCAGU